AUGUCCGCGAAGAAGUGGCGCCCGAGGAGGGAUUUUACGGAACGUGUCCUGUUGCCACCACGAGCCAUCAAUCAGGGAGAGGCCGAUCCAACCAAUGGCCGAGCCGAGUCGGGUGCCUGGAAUGUCGUAAGCGGCGAAGGCGACUCGGAAUUGAUUCGAGAAGGUAUCGAAGGCCGCAAAUGGAUCGGGUAUUAA